GAAGGGAGGGGAGAGCGGUGGCGGCGGCUGCGCCGGGCUGUGUGUCUCUCGCCACCGGAGGAAGAUGAGGCUGAAGAUCGGGUUCAUCUUACGCAGUUUGCUGGUGGUGGGAAGCUUCCUGGGGCUGGUGGUCCUCUGGUCUUCCCUGUCUUCGCGGCCCGACGACCAGAGCCCGCUGAGCAGGAUGAGGGAAGACAGAGAUGUCAAUAACCCUAUGCCUAACCGAGGAGGCAAUGGAUUAGCUCCUGGGGAUGACAGAUUCAAACCUGUGGUACCAUGGCCUCAUGUUGAAGGAGUAGAAGUGGAUUUAGAGUCAAUUAGAAGAAAAAACAAGGCCAAAAAUGAACAGGAGCGUCAUGCUGGAGGAGAUUCCCAAAAAGACAUAAUACAGAGACAGUUCCUCACAUUUAAGCCUCAGACUUUCACCUACCAUGAUCCUGUGCUACGCCCAGGGGUCCUCGGUAACUUUGAACCCAAAGAACCCGAGCCUCAUGGAGUGGUUGGUGGCCCUGGAGAGAAAGCCAAGCCAUUGGUUCUGGGACCAGAAUACAAGCAAGCAGUUCAAGCCAGCAUUAAGGAGUUCGGAUUUAACAUGGUGGCAAGUGACAUGAUCUCACUGGACCGCAGCGUCAAUGACUUACGCCAAGAAGAAUGCAAGUACUGGCAUUACGAUGAAAACCUGCUCACUUCCAGCGUUGUCAUUGUUUUCCACAAUGAAGGAUGGUCAACCCUCAUGAGAACAGUGCACAGUGUAAUCAAAAGGACACCAAGGAAGUAUUUAGCAGAAAUUGUGUUAAUUGAUGACUUCAGCAAUAAAGAACACUUAAAGGAAAAACUGGAUGACUACAUAAAGCUGUGGAAUGGCCUGGUGAAGGUGUUUCGAAAUGAGAGAAGAGAGGGUUUAAUUCAAGCUCGAAGCAUUGGUGCACAGAAAGCUAAACUCGGACAGGUUUUGAUAUACCUUGAUGCCCACUGUGAGGUGGCAGUUAACUGGUAUGCGCCACUUGUAGCUCCCAUAUCUAAGGACAGAACCAUUUGCACUGUGCCGAUUAUAGAUGUCAUAAAUGGCAACACAUAUGAAAUUAUACCCCAAGGGGGUGGUGAUGAAGAUGGGUAUGCCCGAGGAGCAUGGGAUUGGAGUAUGCUCUGGAAACGGGUGCCUCUGACCUCUCGCGAGAAGAGACUGAGAAAGACAAAAACUGAACCGUAUCGGUCACCUGCUAUGGCUGGUGGAUUAUUCGCCAUUGAGAGAGAGUUCUUCUUCGAACUGGGUCUCUAUGAUCCUGGUCUCCAGAUUUGGGGUGGAGAAAACUUUGAAAUCUCAUACAAGAUCUGGCAGUGUGGUGGUAAAUUAUUAUUUGUUCCUUGUUCUCGAGUUGGACACAUCUACCGCCUUGAGGGCUGGCAAGGAAACCCUCCACCCCUUCAUGUUGGGUCUUCUCCUACUCUUAAGAAUUAUGUUAGAGUUGUAGAAGUAUGGUGGGAUGAAUACAAAGACUACUUCUACGCCAGCCGUCCUGAGUCAAAGGCACUGCCAUAUGGGGACAUAUCUGAGCUGAAGAAAUUUCGAGAAGACCACAACUGCAAAAGCUUCAAAUGGUUUAUGGAAGAAAUAGCUUAUGACAUCACUGCCCACUAUCCUUUGCCACCCAAAAAUGUUGAGUGGGGAGAAAUCCGAGGCUUUGAGACUGCAUACUGCAUCGAUAGCAUGGGAAAAACCAAUGGAGGCUUUGUUGAACUAGGACCCUGCCACAGGAUGGGUGGAAACCAGCUUUUCCGAAUCAAUGAAGUAAAUCAGCUCAUGCAAUAUGACCAGUGUUUGACAAAGGGGCCCGAUGGAUCCAGAGUCAUGAUUACACACUGUAACCUAAAUGAAUUUAAGGAAUGGCAGUACUUAAAGAGCCUGCACAGGUUCACCCACAUCCCUUCAGGAAAGUGCUUAGAUCGAUCAGAGGUCCUGCAUCAAGUGUUCAUCUCCAGCUGUGACUCCAGUAAAAUGACUCAGAAGUGGGAAAUGAAUAACAUUCACAGUGUUUAAAAAGAUUACCAGAAACCAACAAUCUACCUACUGACAAGUACAUUUAGAGAGGACUGAACCACGCCUGGAACCUGCUGCAACCAUUAUUAUUAAUUCUGUACAGCUCCAAACCUGGAACCUCUGAUCAGAUCGAAGGAUGUUGAUAAACUGUGAUUUUUACAAUAACAUUAUCAUCUGCAGUUACUGUUUACAAAACUGCUUUUACCUUAAACUCUAGAUGUUUACAUCAUUGUUCAUUUGUUUUAAGAUGACAUUGGUAAUUUGUGCCUUUAACUCAGUUUUCAAAACAGAGUUAAAGCAUAUGUUGUCUUCUUUGGGAAUACAUACACUCAGGGGUCUGAAAGGCAGUUUGGUUUUUGUUGUUGUUCUUGUUUUUUUUAACACACUUGAAAAAAAAAAGGAGGUUGGAGUAACCAGACUUUCAUAUAUGACUUGGCAGUUAUCAACCUAUUGUGUCUUUAUUUAAUUUUACAUCUUUCUGAAGCACUGCCACAGGUCAUUAGCCAAGGUGGCCUUCCUUCAGUCAUGCUGCUUGUUUGAAAGGUGAAUUUCAACACAUUUAGUGCCUCUUUCAUUUUUCAGUAUAUUUUUGAGAGCUUAUAUGGAAAUUUAUAUGACAGUAACAAUGGAUGGACUGUCACCUGUAUGGGGGAUAUUUCUAUCACUCAGAAAUGAAUUUUUGGGCUGUCAUUGACUAUGAAGUUGAAUGAUGUAUGGCUGGAUGAAGAAUGACAAUGGGGGUCAUCUCAAGGCCAUUCCAUAGGGCUUGAUUCUGUGGCAUUAACUCCAUUGCCUGCUGGUGUUCUCCAUGCCCUCUGCUCACACCAGCUUCUAGGCUAGCAAAGGGAUCUAACGAUUAAAGAAAAAUUGCCCAUCUACAUUUUACAUCUACAUUCCCCAGUAUCUAUAGAAAACUAGAAAUAAUUCUCAUCUUGAAACUUGAAAAGGGGUUGGGGUAAUGGGGUUGACAACACAAUAAAGUCUAGUGUGAACAACUUUAAAGGUUGAAUCUGAGGUAAGAAUUCCCAAGCCCUUGUUGGAUAUAAAGCCUUAGAAAACUACAGUUCAGCCUAAGCUGUGAAACCAAGAUGAGCUGACACUCGGCUUCAUCCAAAUGAAAUUCCAUGCACAUUGUUUUGUAAUCUAAGAAAAUUAGCAUCUAAGAACACAGAUCAACAAAUGUGAACUAAGUUCCGUUAAGUCAGGUGUUUUGUUUUGUUUUUAAGUUCUUGCCAGUGAAAAGAUUUAAUUUAAACAUUUGUUAUUACCUACUUUAAGAGAGCCAAGUAUUGCAAAUUUUAAUUUCUAAGAAGUCUUCUUUUACCCAAAAUUAAAUGUCCACAUUGAGUGCCAAAAAAGAAAAGCAAUGUGAUAAGAUAGGGAUAGGCAAAUUAAGCAUUUUUGAUCUUGCAAUCAUGGUAUCAUUAUAAUGAAAGAAAUUCACAAACUACUGCCAGAAGGAAAUAUUUUUAAUUAAAGCUUUAGAAAGAAAAA